GGUUGCAAUUGCAAAAACAGGUUACUGCCAAUUUGCCAUUUUUUUCCUGUUACUUGAUUUUUUUUCUGCUUUUAAGAAUGUCGCGCGAAGGUUCGAUCACCACAAGCAGCGCUGCAAUGAGAUCGGCGUCUUCUUCUACCGUCACCACCACGGUCACCCUAGAUAACCCUCCCCAACAACAACAACAACCACCGCAAACCCUAGUAUUGCGGCUUAAUCGGAGGAAGAAGAAAGUUAGCUGGAAAGAAGGCACCGUAGACAACGAGUUUAUGCAGAAGAAAAGCUCCAAAAAAUGUUGUAUCUUCCACAAGGACAAGCCAUUCGAUGAGGACACCAGCGAUGAUGAUCAAGACCAUGAUCAUGAUCACGAUCACGAUCAACACCAUCAUCAUCAUCACAAAUCUAACGGUGCCUGUUCUUCGAAGGACAACUCUAACAAUUUCAAUUCAACGGCUGAUUGAUUGCGGAUUUCAUUUGUUGCUUACUGUAAAUAAUUCUUCGAUUAUUAUGAGGGCUUUUACCCACUUUCAAGUCUAUAUGAGAUGCCAAAUUUGGUUGGCACUUGGUAUCAUCUAACAACUUGAACUUUGCAAGGGGAAUUGAUGAAUGCUUGUCACUGUAAGAACCUUUUUUGCUAAUUAGCCUGGCAUUUUAUUUGUGAUACUUUCUCGACAUUGUGUUUAGUGUAAUGUGAUCGAAACUUUGUUUUAUUUUUGUUUUUCACAUUUCAUGUAAGUAGAACGACUCUAAAGAAGCAACAUGCUUUGGCGUUGGAUAACUCAGUUAUAUAUAUUAGAUGGCCCAUAUGCGAUCCUAA